AUGGAGGAAAUCGAGUCUCCGUUCACCGCUAAGAUUCUACAAGCAUGGCUGCCGGAUAGGUUUCGGCUACCUCAGAUUACGCCCUUCACAGGGAAUACCGACCCAUCAAAGCACAUGGAGUCCUUCCGGAUUUAUAUGGAACUCCAUGACGCUUCUGAUGAGGUCAUGGGUCAAGCAUUCUCAUUGACUCUGGCUGACGCUGCUCGACUAUGGUUUAAACAGUUAAAGCCAAGGUCCAUUAGCUCAUUCUCGGAGCUCAGCCAAGCUUUCGUCGCGAACUUCAUCAAAGGAAAGAAAAGACUCAAAGCACCCGCUCAUCUCCUUCAUAUAAUCCAGAAAGAAGGCGAACUCCUAAAGGACUACAUCAAGCGCUUCUACCUAAAAGCACUACAAGUUUGGAAACAUUCAAACGAAACAACCCUAAACGCCAUCAUGAGCGGGCUGAGAGACAAGUCUUUCCUCUUCUUGCUGGAUAAGAACCCUUCUGCUACUCUGGCCGAGUUUUUGAACAUAUCGCAGAAAUAUGCUAACGUUGAGGAAUCCCGGAUAUUGUGGGACGCCGCCCAAAGCAAAAAUCCUCCGGCCAAAGAGUAG